AUGGAGAAGCUUAAGGAUGAAGUUGAAGCUCAUCAGAGGUCUCAGCUGAAGGUGGGAGGACCAUCUGGGUCCAUGAGCAGACACGAUGACAGGAGGAAGCCAUACUCUAGGCCUCAGCCACAAGGGCCUAGGAGGAGGGCAUGCCAUAGAUGCGGCCAGGUGGGCCACUUCAUCAAGGAUUGCCCGGUUGACAGGAGCACAGUGUCGAGGCCUUCACCACAGCCUCAGUCACAACCAUCGGGGAGAGGUGCGAGACCACAGGCGGCGGGUCGGGUGUACACUGUCACUAGUGCCGAGGCAGCUGGAUCAGGUAACCUUAUCAUCGGGUCUUGUGUGAUAGUUGGUAGGAGCUUGCAUGUUCUGUUUGAUUCGGGGGCGACACAUUCUUUUGUGUCGAAAUCUAGAGUGGUGGAGUUGGGUCUUCCGGUGAAGGAGCUCUAA